AUGGCUAGCGACAUCGAUAAAGGACAUUUUGGAGAUAGUGCUCGAAAUCGGACGAAUUAUGAAAUUAAUUUCAAAUCGUCCGAUCACAUAUUUGACGGAGCAGGCGAAAAUAUCCAUUACCACAGCGACAAUGAAUCUAUUGCAUCGAGAAAAAGUAAGACUAGAUAUAUAAACCCAGCAAUCUGUAUCGAAACUGUUGAAUCCACUCAUUCUGUGACGUCUCUACAUACGGAUUCAUCUUGUAUAGAAGAGUGCACGCCUCACCCUCAUAGUACGUACAGAAGCAAUUCUACUCCUUUUUUGACCGGGCGGAUCUCUAAUGCAUCGUCCUCGAGUGUUAAAAGAAAGUCCUGUCGGCUUGUAAGUCAGGAGGUGGAUGUUGACACACCGCGAGAAGAUCGCACGUACAGAGAAGAUGGAGCGGAUACAUUUCGUCUGUCCGUUGCUUCUAUUUCGACUACAACUACUGCUAAAGAGGAACGUGAGCGUAAUGAAAAGAAAAAACAGGAGGCCUUUCAGCAGUGGUUGGUGAGGAAAGAGCAAGAGAAGCGAGAAAAAGCACGCCUAGAGAAAAUGAAACGACAAGCGGUACCAGCAACUACGCCUGAACAACGCGAGGAGUCUUUCAGGCGCUGGUUAGAGAGCAAGCGUACUCAAAACGAACGGCGUAAAGCAGAGGAGAUCAUGAGACAGUUUAGGCAAAGUGAAAGUCUUGAACAAGAAAAAAAGAAACGUCAACGGGAAAAAGACGAGAAGCUAGCGGAAUGGAUACGAAAGAAGGAAGAAGAAAUUAAAUCAAUGAAGACAAAGUCUGAGCGUCGAGCAGCCCGCCUGGCGAUCGAGGAGGAGCGCCGUCGCGUGCAAGGCGAGCGGGCGUACAGUGACUGGCUCCGCACCAGCAAGAACAAGCCUUUACCCGUUCCGUUGAACCAGGGAGAGCUUAGUAUGCGUGGGUCGGUGUCGCAGAUGUAUAUAAAUCCCAUCCCCUGGCAAUCUCUCACA